GUAAAGGAAGAAAGAAGAACUGUUUACUGAGAUUGAGUCAGUGUUAGUUUUUUUUACUUGGAAGCAGCAGCAAUAUUAUGCUAUAUUUAUAGACCGUCCAACAGAAAUACUUCUCUGUUUUAAAUAUUGUGAAUCACUUGCGAGGAUGAAACAGCAACAAGAGUCUCUAAGUAAAGGUUUCUUACAACAUUUGCUGUUGUCACAAAUGUUAUCUGGUGAAACAAAAGCGAUAUUGCAUCCCUCUACCAUUAAUUAAGCCCUCUCUUUAUGAACUCUUUAUACAGUCCCACACUUCACACCAUCAUGUCUGAUGAGAGGUCAGGGGUCAAUCCUGAGGAGGAAGAUGAGGGCAUGACACCCCUGAUUGCUCGCCAGCGGCCACACGACUCCUACUGCCUUGUCUAUGGCAUAUUUUUCAUGCUGGGCAUUGGCUCACUGCUGCCAUGGAAUUUCUUCAUCACAGCCAAGCACUACUGGCUUUACAAACUAAACAACGGGUCCAGCCUGGCCAGCAACAAAGAACUCCACACUGAUCUCAGCGAUUACUUUGAGAGCUACCUUGCCAUUGCAUCCACUGUUCCUUCAGUGUUAUGCCUAGUCCUCAACUACCUCCUAGUUAACAGGCUGUCCUCUAAUGUUCGGAUCCUUUUGUCUCUGGCUGUGAUCCUGCUUGUGUUCAUGAUCACAACAGUGCUGGUGAAGAUGGAUGUAUCUGGCUGUAGAAAGAUGUUCCUGGCUGGUACUCUGGCCAGUGUUGCACUGGUCAGUGGAGCCUCCAACAUUUUCAGUGGCAGCAUGUUUGGCAUCAGUGCAUAUUUCCCCAUGAGGAUAUCACAAGCUCUCAUAUCAGGUCAAGCCAUGGGUGGCACUUUGAGUGCAGUAGCAUCUAUAGUGGAUCUGGCUGCAGCAAGUGAUGAGACCAGCAGUGCGCUGGCUUACUUCCUUACCGCUGACAUCUUUAUUAUCUUCUGCAUCAUCUUGUACCUGCUGCUGCCCAAAGUGACCUACUCCAGGUACUACUUGGGGGCUUCCUGCACUGGCACUGCCACCACAUCUGAUAGCUCUCUGUCCACUUCCACAUCCAGCAGCAAUCCAUCAGGCAUUUCUGUGCCCCCCCUCAGACCCAUCAUGGGAAAGAUGUGGAAGCUGUGUAUAUAUGUCUUUUGGAUCUUCUUCAUCUCCAUCACCAUCUUCCCAGCCAUCUCCUCAGGCAUUCAGUCAGUGGAUAAAGACUCGGGCAGCCCCUGGAGCGGCACCUACUUUGUGCCACUCACUAGCUUCCUGCUAUAUAACGUGGCAGACUUCAGUGGUAGGCAAAUGACCAUUUGGCUCCAGGUUCCUGGCCCAACCAGCCCUGUGUUACCUAUCCUUGUGGCUUGCAGAACUGCAUUAGUUCCGCUCUUUAUGUUCUGUAACUACCAGCCUCGGUAUCACCUGCAACGGGUAUUUUUUGCUUAUGACCUCUUCCCUGUUAUAUUUGUUUGCCUGCUAGGGCUUUCCAAUGGAUAUCUGGGUACUCUGACCAUGAUAUAUGGGCCCAAGGUGGUGCCACGCGACCUCGCAGAACCAGCAGGUGUGAUCAUGUCAUUCUUUCUGACAGCAGGGCUGGCAGCAGGCUCUGCUUUCUCUGUUUUGCUUGUUUACUUUUUCUGAUUGUAGCACACUUAAAAUGGUUUAAUGGUUUAAAUGGUUUAAAGCUUAAAUGGUUUAAUGUAAAAUGGUAAAUGUUUACAUGUAGAUGUACUGAUUGCUCUUAUCGAGGGAACUUAAUCAGUCUCAUCAUUGAAAUAUUUGGAAUGUGGACGUUCCGCUGCAUAUGUUGCAUAUUAUGUAAAUUUAAUGUUUUUACUUUAAGGCCAUGUUUAUUCUUAAUGUGUUACUGUGUGUGCAGGUGUAGAUACAGCUUCACAAAUUUUAUAGCUUAAUACAGUUCACAAAGUUUCUUGCAUUAAUUUUAGAUACAUGAUUGGAGUGGGAAUUUAGUUUUUUUUUUUUUUUUUAUCCAAAUGUUUAAUUUGAAAUGAGUGAAAACCUGAGUAUAGGUUUUCACUCAUUUCAUCUGUGUCAGACAAAUAAAACUUGCCCAACAGCCAACCUUAUCUGCUUCUUUUCAUACAUAUUGUUAAUUCUUACAAGACCAAUAAUUGACCAAACACAGAGCUGUUGGAGGUUUUGUAGGUUGCUAUAGGAAACUAAAAGCAAACUAAGUUUAAACUAUGUACAGAAUUUUUUAUUUUACAAAAUAUUUUAUGUAGGUAAAAAGGGGGAAAUGUUUACAUUUGGUUUUUGUAUUUGAUUUGUGACUAAAUAGACUAAUUGUUGUCAGACGCUUUAUAUAAUCUCUAUACUAUUAAAUACAUAACAACCACUCUGAAUGAAAGAUCUUAAGAAGCAGUAGAAUAAGGUUGGAUGUAUCAUUGAGGAUGAAAAAGAAGACCUAAACUAAAAGUGUGUACCAAAUUAAUAAACGCCAUUAAAAAUGCUUUUCAGUGAGUUUACAAAUGCUACAAAAGGAUAAGCCAUUCAAGUAGUUUUCUGCUGUUGUAGCCCAACUGACUCAUGAGUUUUCUUCAUUCUGAGAUGCUUUUAGCUCACCAGAAUUGCACAGAGCAGUUGUAGCCUGUGUGUCAGAUUGAACCUGUGUAGCCAUUCUCAGGUGACCUCUCUCAACAAAAGGUGUAAUUGUUCCUAAUAAUCUGAGUGCAUAUUUUAUUUUUUUUAAUAGGUAAUAUCACUUUUAUGAAGUUAUAAUACUGUAGACUUUGUUUUAAUACUGUAUUGUUGUAAUGCAUUUGUGCAUUAAUUUAACAUGAGACCUUUACAGAGUGAUGUAAUGUUUUGAAACUGAGGCUUUGGAGCUUGUAUUAAAAAACAAAACAUUUGACAGCGAAGCACAGUAAGGGAGCUUGAUUUGUUAUUACUUAACCGUGUUAAUAUCCAAAGCUUUGUUUUCACACAUGCAGGUGACAGCUUAUUAUUGUGUUUCAAAAAUAUUCUUUGCGCAGAUUUUAAGUGUCUUUCACUUUGCUAGUUAAAUGAGACCAUGCUUUAGAAUUAUUAGGACUUGGACUUGGCCAUUUUCAGGGAAAAAAUACAAAAUGUACAAUAAACUGGUUGCAUAGUUGUGCACACCCUUUUAUAAUUAGGAAUGUGGCAUUGUUCAUAAUCACGCAAUCACAUUCAAACUCGUGUUAAAUACUAAUUAGUAUAUACCUUCCAUCAAAUAAAGUGACUGAUUAAACAAA